ACCUUUAACUAACUUACAAAUUAAUUGCCAUUUGUAAUAGUACUAAUAUUCGAAAAUAUCCUCACGUUUCUAUUAAAAUUCCUUUCUUAUCGAACAAUUCAGGUUGAAACGUGUAACAAUUUGUUUUUCCUUUCAAUAUGCACGGCCUUCCAAGUUCUGAUUACAAAAUGUCCGAUACAGAUUUAAUUACGUGUGAAGAAAUACGUCACUAAAUCAUAUGUUAACGGUAUAGCUCAUUGUUAGGUGUUUAAUCUCUCUUUUGAAACCAUAAAAAUGUUAAUUACCUUAUGAAAAACGCGAUAAUCAACUUACUUUUUGACGUAGCUAAGUAUCAAUAAAUAUUUCGACCAUCAAAGAUGGAUGACCACUAAAUUCAGGUCUGAAGUUGAAAUGGAAACCAAAAAGAAAGCAUUCUUCUCAAACAAUAAAAAUAAAGGUGAUGUCUCAAGAUGUGACAAAGAGAGAGACAGUAAAAAGGAUGGGAGAGACAAGUCAAAACAACAGAAGGAAUUUGAUGUAAACCGUGACCUUGAAGAGAAGAAACCCUUUGAUAAGAAGACAUAUCGAUUGAAGAAGUACAGCAAGAAGUAUAAGCUUCAGCAAUGGGAAGAGAAACGGAAGCAGCGUUUGAUGAGAGAAUAUCAGAAGGAAGUAAAGAAGGAAUCCAUGGCUGGUACAUAUAAACCAAAGUUGUUUGAUGAAGACACCAUCGAUUCUAGUAACACUGGAAGGUUCGUUAAACAUCCAGAUUUGAUAGAAAAGGAGAAUUUACAAACCAAAAAGGAUCCAUUUCAAAAAGCAAAAGAAGAAUACAAAAAGGUGAAACAAUCCAAACUAGAGAAAAAACAAGAGUUUGAAAAAAUAAAAGAAGAAAAGAAACAAAAGUUGGAAGAAUAUAAAAGAAAGAAACAGGAGAGGUUCAAGAAGUUGAGUAAGAAAACUAAGAAAGGACAGCCGGUGAUGACUGGACGAUUGGAAUUACUCUUAGAGAAAAUACAGGAAAAAAAAUAGAAACACUUUUUUCAUCACAGUAGACUUUGCUCAUAACAUUAAUGUCUGUAUAAUUAAUACUCAUGGUACAUUCAUCUUAUAAAAUAAAUUCAGCAACAUUUUGGAA